AUGGCUGAGCAUUUAGCUAGGAUUAUUGGCACAGAGGAGGACAGGGUUAACUGCCCUUUUUUCUGGAAAAUAGGAGCGUGCCGACAUGGAGACCAGUGUAGUAGAACCCAUUACAAGCCUUCCGCUGCCCAAACUCUUGUCAUUAGACAUAUGUACCAAAAUCCUCCUGUAGCAAUCGCAAUUGCUGAGGGACAAAUGAUAUCUGAUGAGUUACUGGAUAAGGCCGCAGACCAUUUUGAGGAAUUUUUUGAGGAAGUCUUUCUUGAGCUAAUGAAAUACGGGGAAAUUGAGGAUAUGGUAGUGUGCGAUAACAUUGGAGACCAUAUCAUUGGAAACGUUUACAUUAAAUACACAGACGAAAGUGCCGCCUGUAGAGCUGUGACCUCGCUCUCAGGAAGAUAUUACGGAGGUCGACCUAUACAGUGCGAAUAUACGCCUGUAACAGACUUCAGGGAGGCCAGAUGCAGGCAGUUUGUAGAAGGCCAAUGUAGAAGAGGUGGAUACUGUAAUUUUAUGCACAUAAAGCACGUUCCACGCUCCCUUAGAAGGAAACUAAUGAAAAGAAUGUACGAAGAAUUCCCGGAAUACAAAAGAAGAUCACCAAGAGGCUCACAUCGCAAUAGAUCCAGGAGCCCACAAAGGCCCAAGAGGCAAACGAGUGAAGAACGCCGAGAUAUGAUUGAGCAGUGGAACAGAGAAAGAGAAGCGAAAACCGCCGGAGAUAAUUAA